AUGCGAGACUUGCCAGAAGGUCACAAGUACGGAACUGACCAGAUUCCCCACACGGUUACCGAACAUGUUUUUGUGUUUGCAAAUCAAGAGGUUCGCUUGGUCGCAGCGAACUGGCCGAUCAUACAGACUGGAUACGCCUGUACGGCUUGA